CAAAAAAAAUCAUACCCAUGAUACAUUGCGGUCUUUGACUGUAUCGAACAUGGUCGAAGGACUUCCGCUUCUCCUACUGCUUGUUGUGUGAGGCGAGAGAGAGGAAAAGGAGCAUUUCAACUGCACAGUUUUUACGAUUUAUCAGAAUGGCUGUAGAGGCUGUGUCCAGUGUGUGAGCAGCAGUGAGUGGCCUCUACACCAGCACCUCCAGAGCAGCAGCCUGCCACCCAGCUAGACAUCUCAACCCCCCCCAGCCAGAACCCCCCCCCAGCGGGGUGAUAGACCACCAGCAUGGAGGCCUCCUUCGGCCCCACCUUCUCAGCCGUGGUUCCUGGAGCUAAAACGGAAGCUUCCAGUACCUACAAGCAGCACCGUCGUACCCCCUCAUCCUCCAGUACCCUCACAUACUCGCCACGAGACGACGAGGAUGGCAUGCUCCCCAUCAGCACCCCGAGGCGUUCUGACUCUGCCAUCUCGGUGCGUUCCCUCCUCUCUGAGUCCAACAUGUCUCUCCGCUCAACCUUUUCUCUUCACGAGGACGACGACGACACGGAGCCCCUGGUGUUUGCAGAGCAGCCGUCAGUGAAGCUGUGUUGUCAACUCUGCUGCAGCGUCUUCAAAGAUCCCGUCAUCACCACCUGUGGGCACACCUUCUGCAGACGCUGUGCCUUGACCUCCGAUAAGUGUCCGGUGGACACGGCUAAGAUGACGGUGGUGGUGAACAACAUAGCCGUAGCAGAACAGAUAGGAGAGCUGUUUAUCCACUGUAAAUACGGCUGCCGGCUCUUAAACACCAGCCCCACUUCUCCUAACGGGGCCGGUGGAGGGGUUUCUCCUAACGGGGCCGUUAGAGGGGUUUCCCCUAACGGGGCCGGUGGAGGCGCUACUGCUGGUAGGGGUGAAGGGACACCUAAGAUGGGAGUAUCUGGGAGCUUUGAGGUUGAUCCAAUGGGCUGUCCUUUUACCAUCAAGCUCACCACACGCAAGGAACACGAGGUGAGCUGUGACUACCGUCCAGUGCGCUGUCCCAACAACCCCUCCUGCCCUCCUCUACUCACCAUGAACCUGGAGGGACACCUUAAGGAAUGUGAACACAUCAAGUGCCCUCACUCCAAAUACGGCUGUGUGUUUAUAGGUAACCAGGAUACGUAUUCCACCCAUCUGGACCCCCUGUCUGACCCCCUGUCUGACCCCCAGUCUGACCCCCUCUCCUUCUCCUCAGCUGUGUGUUUAUAGGUAACCAGGAUACGUAUUCCACCCAUCUGGACCCCCUGUCUGACCCCCUGUCUGACCCCCUCUCCUUCUCCUCAGCUGUGUGUUUAUAGGUAACCAGGAUACGUAUUCCACCCAUCUGGACCCCCUGUCUGACCCCCUGUCCUUCUCCUCAGCUGUACGUUUAUAGGUAACCAGGAUACGUAUUCCACCCAUCUGGACCCCCUGUCUGACCCCCUGUCCUU